UUUCUGUCGCGAUAGAUUGAACACGAGAGUUGGAAAGGUUAAAAUUCCCAUGAAUUUAACAAAUGUAUUCCACAUGCGGAUUUAGUCAGUUCACUGUUAGCACAUGGAAUAAAAAUUAACGGCAAGAGCUUUUUCCUUACAGUAGUAAUUUUAGAGUAUUUUCACAUUUGAAGACUAGCUAGGGUAGGUGGCAUCAUGGCACGCUUAAAGCGGUAAAUGAUUUUGUUUAUAUUCCGAAUGAUCGAUUAGAUGGAUAACUAGAUGCAUUCCAAGGAUUUUAACUUGUAAUUCCAACAUGCUAAAGCGGAUUGAUUAUUCUGUAAUUAAAGUAUCCGGAGAAGAUGAAAACUUUCCUGCGGCAGAGUUAAAUAAUCAACGUCCAUCAGCGAAAGGCUGGAUGUCUCCUAAAUUUUGCCCAUAUCCUCAAGUUUUAAUUAUUCGUCUUGAAACAAAGGCCAGGCUGUGUAAAUUCCAAGUAUUAUCUCAUCAGUUUUCAAUAUCUUCAAAGCUGGAGCUGUAUAUUGGGGAUGUAAAAAAAGGACUUCCUGAGUUGUUUCAGAAUGUUUCGUGGGAGAAACAAGGGGACAUUUACUUCUCAGAAAAUGCUUUUACGGAAUACAAAGCUAGAGAGCUCAGGACUGCUUACAUUGACAUCAUUGGAAAAUUUGUGAAACUAGUUUUGCAUCAGAAUCAUAUCAACAAAUUGAAUUUAUGUAAUCAGGUUGGAAUUGUAGCAAUCAAUAUUAUAGGAGAAACUAUUUUAGAUGGAGGCUCUAUCAAAGCCAAAUAUUUAUCUGAUGAUCAUCUCUUGAAUUUGAGAACAAAAAAGUCAGAACUUGAGGAACUCUCAUUCACAAUGUACAUUGAUCUCGAAGUGCAACAACUAAUCAAAACUCUUGAUAAAAAGAAGCAGAAAGCUGUAUUAGAUGACAGAUUUGUUUAUGCUAAAAAGUUGAAAUAUGCUAUAAAUCAGUUAAUGAAAGUUGGCGAAAAAUUGGGCAAACUGGAUAUUCUGAAAGAGAAAGCUGUAGAAGAGGAAGACUAUGAUCAAGCUCAUAUAAAAAAUGAAGAAAUGGAAAAACUUAGACUUCAGACUUAUGAAAGAAUGAAUAUAACCACUUUAAUGGAAAUAGAUGGGCAAGUUCUUGAAGAAAAUGAUCGGGAUUUCAUUGGAAAAGGUAGUGCAAAACCACCUGAUGAAAUCUUGGCUCCCAUGGUUGGAAAUUAUGUCAGUGUUGAAGAAAAACCAGUACAAGCUUUGAAAAAAGCCAAGACUCAGCCUUCAGUAUUUCCUGGAACUGAUGCUGAAACUCUUGGUGAUUCACCAUUAGGAAAACUGACUGAAAAAGAAAGAAGAGAAGCAUCAUUACCCAUUGAAGUGUUUGGAAUAGAGCUGGUAGAAAAAAUGUAUUCUAAAGCAUUUAAACAGCGAGAAGAAUCUAUGAAAAACAUAUCUGCUUAUUUAGAAAAAUAUCAGAAGAAAGGGAAAUCUCACGCACCGAAUGAAGUUAUCCGAGCAGUAUCAAUUCUCAUUCAAAGAGCAUUUUUUGAUAAUGUGCAUUCUAUUUAUGCAGCAGCACUGAAUAUCCUUACUGAGUGUUUUAAGCAUUUCAUACCACAGAAUCAAGUAUCUAAAUCAGAAACAAAUUUUCUUGUUGAUAAAUGUAUUCCUGAAAUUAUGAACAAGUUAGGAGAUACUGCAUCUAGACUGAAGAAUGCGUCAAUGGAAUAUUUAAUAGAAAAUGUUCGUUAUUUGGAAGAGAACUCACAAUUCAUUCAGCAGUAUGCAGUGACUCCUAUACAGAAUGUCCUUAAUGUUCGCCUUGCUCAAGGACGUUGUGAGCUCAUAGAAAAAAUUGUCAAAAAAUAUCCACCUUGGAAUUUUAAUAUUUUGCCGCUUUCAAGAGUGAUGCCAUUUUUGUUAGAUGCUCUGCAUCACCCAUCAUCUUCAGUUAGAUCAAUAGCUGAAAGAAUUAUUUUGUAUCUGUAUGACCACGAAGUCAUAAAAGUGAAGAAAUAUUUUUCAUUUGAUUCUGAUACUCUCAAGAAAAAUAUAAUGUACAGAAGAUUACAGCAAGCCUUUGAUAAAAAAAAAAGAAACUCAAAGGAGAAAAACGGUAUGGUGCAGAUGAAUAAUUCAAAUCAAAAGACUUUAGAAGAAUUAUCGUUAAUGAAGACUUGUAUAUUUUGUGAAGAAAGAAGUGAUAGAUUUACAGCUUCUGGAUUGGAUGAGCAUUAUGAUAAAGAAUGUCCAAUGCUUAUUCGCUGUUCAAAUUGCAAGCAAAUUCUUGAAAUUGCUACAUUAACUGAACACCUUUUGGAAGAAUGUGGUUCUAAAAAUCAAUAUAAACAAUGCCCUAUUUGUCUAGAAGCUGUUCCAUCAUUAAAUUUUGAGAAUCAUGUGAAGAUAAGAACAUGUACAAUGGCAAAACCAGAAAAUGAAGCAAAUCAUUGCCCUCUUUGUCAUAAAAAUAUAGCACCAGGUGAAGGAGGAUGGAGAUCUCAUUUUCUAACAACACCAGGAUGUGCUUUUAAUUCUCGCAUUAAAAAAAAUAAUUCCCGAAAAAGUAUACUGAGGAAGAAAAGUGAAAAAACAAGUUGAUGAUUUAUGACAACUUAUUCAAAAAAUUAGAUGAAGUAGGUUUUAUUGAAAGAAACUUCUAUCUAGUUUGUCUUUAUUUUUUUUAAAGUUGUGAAAGAAUUAUCAGAUUAUUAACUGUUGAUGUAAAAUAAGAAUUAAAAAUGUAUCAUUGUGGAAAAAAGUAUUGAAAAUUUUAUGUAUUUUUUGGGAAUUUGUAAAUUAUGUGUAUAGCAAAAAUAACGAAUUAUUAAAGAUUUCUGUUUUCAAAACA